AAAUUAUGGCGUACUUUCAGAUAUUUUUACGAGUGAAUAUUAUCUUUAUUUUAUUGUUUUCUGUGUUAAAAAUCAAGGUAUAUGGUAAGUAAAUGUAAACAUUAUAAUACAUUCCAGGUACUUGUUUUACCAAUGGUGUUUUACGACACAAUGUUUUCGUUCUUUCAACAAGUAAGAUUUGUCAGCAAGAAAAACUUUAUAAGAAGGUCAAAAAGCUGAGCGAGAAAGCACUUCCGGCAUAAAUGUUGCCUGCCAUCCAGAAAAAUGACAUUCGGAUUAAAGUAGUAAAACAACUGACUCGUGUGGCUGAUGUUGAAUUUUUUUCUCACAAAAUCAUAUUUUAGGAAAUGUUGACAAAUAGAUUUCAUCCUGCAAAUAUAAAAAUAUUACACUUGACAACUUGUGCCGUGAUUUCUUUACCAAAAUCUCUUUCAUCCAAAUUAUUUUGUAGUUGGACAUUCUUUGCUUCCUUUCGCUCCCCAUCGCAGAACAAUAAUCCUAAGACUGUAACAUGACAAGACUUGUUAGGGAUGCAUAUGAGACACAGCAUGCUUGAUUUUUUUGACCCUCCCCAAACUAAAGCAUAAUUUUGGCUGACCCCCCCCACACACACACACACACACACACACACACACACACACACCUCCUAUUCGAAAUUUUUUUCAUACCACAUUAUUAAGCAGGCUUCAAAUUUGGGAAAAAUAAAGGUAAUGUUACUAAGUUUUUCAGGGCAUCAAGGCCAGUAUACAGGGUAUCCAGGCCAGUUUGAAAAUUUUAUUCAGUUGCUAUUUUAAAGUUUCAAAUAAUGUUUGAGUUACCAUGAGACAAGAAAAAUAUACAGAACAGCAACAAUAUUAAAAAAAAAUGCCAAAUGAAAAUCAUAGUUACAUGUAUCGUAACUACUUAUUGAACUAUGUACAGUAUGUAAGGCCAAUGGAACUGUAGAUUCUGUUUACCGUCCACCGCCCGCAUGUGCUUGAAACUACCGCAAGAAUUUUUCAUUAUUCUUAAUUAUUUUCAUUAUUUGUCAUUAUUUUUAAUUCUACGCAUCGAAACUUUCAAAUAUACAUCAAAUCAUCAAAUCUUCCAUAUAAAAAGCAGUACAUCGCUGAUGUAUGAUGGAUCAGUCAGCGUUUGUUCGGUACACUUGGAAAUUCGCGAGUCUGACAUGUGCAAAUUCCAAAACAAUGGCGUGACAAAGAAAUUUUCAGCAAAGGAAAGCCCAAAAAUGAUAAAAGAAUGCUGGACAAAAGUGUUGAUGGUCGAAAUCAAAAGAAAACGAUUUAAGGAUCAUUUUUGGUCGGAAAUUAGACAAUAACAAAAAUAAUGAAAAAUGAAUAAUGAAAAAAACCCACAUCAGAUUUUUUAAAUUCUCGGACGGUAAACAGAAUCUACAGUUCCAUUGGCCUAAGUGAUUAUUGCCAAUUUUACAAAUCAUACACUUGGUAUUGAAUUCUAAAGCAUAAACUAGGCUCUUUUCCACUCAUCGCAAAAAUAGUUGCAGCAAGCUGGGAGUCAAUUUCCACACUACAUCAUCUUGUGUGACUAAUUUACUAAUUGGCCGCUUUAAAUCGGCGCCUUUUGCUCUUAAGACAACGUAGGAGAAGACGUCUCAAGUAUGUAAAACGUUCUCAAGUAUGUUCACUUUAGUCACAUGAUUACAUUGGCUACUGGUCUUCUUUGUUCGCGCGAUCAAAAAAUAUUGUUCAAAUUAUUUAAUUUUGCUGCGAGUGUUCGCAAGCUCACUGAGAUUUACUUGCCAUUAUUCGCAAGUACUAGCAAGCUCGCUGCGAGCUGUUUUGGCGAUAAGUGGAAAAGUGCCUUUAGUACUGUACUCUGUGGUUGAGGGCAAGGCCACUACUGGCCGUGGAUUUCAGUAUAUUUCCAGGGCAUAGCGGCCAACAAGCAUUGCACUGACGGCCAGUGGCCGCCAUGGCCGCCGCUAAAUUUGAGGCCUGAUUAAGCUAUUAAUAGUGUACCAGCCUCGUACCCAGGUGCUUUGGUUUGUUUACGUCAUUACGCGCAUGUGGGCCACACGGCCCAUGCAAAGCCGCGCAAGCCCAGAACAACACAUAGCACGUGGGUACGAGGCUGAUAGUGUACAUAAAUUCCAAGUGUACAUAAAUCUAAAAUUUUCAAAUGAAUCAGCAGACCUGAUAGUUUUCCCCACACACAGCUUUGGGCCCAGAUACUUAACCCUUUCACUCCUGAAUUGCCAGGACUCUUGCCUUGACGAGUAAAAUCAUCUGGUGUUAAUAGACAAAGUAAAAUAUAUAAACACUACAAAUGUUGUGUUUAUGAGUGAAAGGGUUAUAAAUGAAUGUUUAAUAUGAUAAAUAAGUGUGCUAUAUGUCACUUAAUUGGAAUGGUGUUGCUCUUCUACCAGACUUUGUAUAAACAGCAAGUAAUGGGUAAAAUAAACGCCGACCUAAAUCUGUCCUAGGUCAGCAUGUCUCAGCAUUUUUUUAAAUCUGUACCACGUCUUGGAGUACUAUUAAUCACACAUUUACGAAUCAUUGAAAUUGGAAUAUAACUGUUGAAAAGCCAAAUCAAAAGUUGAAGCCAAAUUUUAACUCCAGAUGCACGAAAUUUGAUCUUCAGACGUCCUAACGUAUAUAUAUAAUAUAUAAAUAUUAUACAAUACCCGUCAAUGUUUAUACCGAAGUGUGUUGAGUUAAUUGAACUACAAAACGAAUUCUAUACUCGCUAUUUUUAACAGCUAUCAACACCCAAAAAUUCUUACUUUGGUUGAAUUAAGGUCGUCAAAAAUUUCCCGACCUUGGAGGUUGAUAUGUCCAGGUUUUUAGCCAGAAGGGCAUCCUGGGACGCCCCUAGAAUGAAAAAUGGAUGCCCAAAUUCAGGGGAAAUUAGGGGAAUUAUUUUCAAUGAUUUCCCUAACUAUAUUAAUAUAUCUGAAAUGAAAUUCUCAUUAUUAUUAUACAUUUGACAUUUUGAUAAAUUUGAUGGUGUAUUAAACUGGCUGAAUGAAAAUGUCGUAGUUACGUAAAGAAGCAUACCGGCACAAACUCACAAAGCCAAGUGUUUUGAAAAAUUUCGAAUGAGCUUGGAACAGAUACAUGUACUGACAUGAAGUAACUUCAAAUUCAAAGGUUUUCCAGAGGAACGGUUUUUGGAACACCCCCCUCUUUACUGUAGAUGUAUUGUUGCACCAAAAUUGGAUGCCCUCUUUCAGAACCCUGGCUAAAAGCCUGGAUAGGUCGGCAUUUAGGUCUGCGGCAUUGCCAAAUGCCGACCUCGUUUUCAAGGGCUGUAAUGUUCUUGGACGUUCUGGAACAGCACUGUCACCAGCACUGGAAAUGACUAAAUUUGAGACUAAACUAUUAAGAAAGGAAAAGCAACUUGUUUAUAUUUUUCAAGUUUUAAGAUCUCAGUUUGUCUAUUUUUGUAUUUAAUUAAAUAAAUACCAGUCAACUUAAAUUUUUAUGACAUGGUAUUUUACUCAUUUUCACUUGCAUGAAAACACCAGGCCCCUUUUUUAUUGCACAAUUUUAAUGUGUCACCCUCACCCCCCUCCGUUUUGCUCCUGCCCCCUCUAAUUAAUGACCGGACAAAUGAUAUUUGUCUGGCACAACUAUUCUGCUUGUUCUGUCAACAUGCUAAACUAACAUGUAAACAAAGUACAUAAAUUGGUUUUCAAGCAAAUUUCUAUAGUUAAGUGGUUGAGGCACCAAUGUUGUAAGCGCUAGCUUGCACAUGGUUUGAAACCAUGGUUGGAAAUUCACAUGUAUGUAUUGUGUCUUCCUGCAAACAGAUGGCCAGAUUGGAGGUUAGGAUGAUGGCCAUUAGGGAAGGAAGUUUCAAACUUUCACGAAGAAAGUUUCAACUUUCAGGUUUUAUUUAUUAUCCGAAACAACCGCUGAUAACAUAUACUAAUAAAAUUAAUUCACAGAGAAAUAGCUAACGCUUCAGGUUCAUCUGCUACGGAACAAAUAUCACCUGGAAAUAGUUUUCAAUUUUACCUAUUUAUUGGCCACGGAAAUCACCCAUCAUAGUCCUGUUACUUUGCUGCACUGUCUAAAACAUAUUACUGGUACUGUACAGGUUUCAACGUCAAUAUUCAUUUUCAGGAGAUAAAAUUGAGCAAAGCAUCUAUAGCCAAAUCAGUGGAUAUUCUUCCUGUGUGACACUGCUUAAUGCUACACAUCAAAUUGGAUGUACAUGUAAGUAUUUUUAUUGCUUGAAAGCCCCAUACAGAUGUCAAGCAAGUUUUCCUUGACAAGUUUACUUUCUCGUGUGUAACAGUGGUGCAGUCAACAAUUAACUGUUAUCAUAUUCGUAGGUGACACUAUACUUUGUAAACAUAUUCGUAGGUGACACUAUACACUAUGUCUAAGCUGAAAAAUACAAUAAAUAUUGAUUGUUAAUGUUUGAACUGUUGUAUUUCAGAACCAUCUUUGGAAAUCAUGACAUAACAUAUCGCAUAUUUUGCUGUCCCCAAUGACAUGUUCCCAGAUGAUCACCAUAUUGGCUGGGAGAAAAAGCGAAAAAUAAAAUAUUGCUUUUACAGUCAAACCGGAUGUUCUCUUGCGAGCAACAUUGCAAUAUUGUUCCACAAUAUUGCAAUUUUGAUAGGCAGAUUGCUCUGAGCAAUUUGCAACCGACGCGAACAAAUUGCAAGUUUAAAUUCACAAACGAUUUGUAAACAAAGCAUCUGAUUGGACUAUAAGAAAGAGGGAAGCCAAUCAAAUAGUCUGGGCAACUGGAUUGGUGCUUCCCUCUUUCUUAUAGUCCAAUCUUAUAGAACCUAUCUCGCACUCUUUGAUCACAUCCAACUGACAUCUUCCACUCCGCCAUGUAUCUCUUUCUACCUCUUCUCUCUUUUCAUCUACUGUACUUCUAACCUUCCAUUUCUCUUUUCUAUUUCAUAUAUUUUGUCUGUUCUGUAAUAUUUAGUGGUGAGCACCCUGCAUGGGACAUGGUCUCGUUUGUGCUUCGCCUCUUUUGGCACCUGUUUGUUUGAUGUUGUCCAUAUGUUUCUCAAAUGUAAUAGUCCAUGUGUAUUAUUCAUGUGUCAAAAUAAAGCUUAAAUAAUAAUAAUAAUAACGAUCAGAGGCUUUGUUUACAAAUCUUUUAUGAAUUUCAACUUGCAAUUUGUUGGCGUCGGUUACAAAUUGCUCAGAGCAAUCUGCCUAUCAAAAUUGAAUAUUGUGGGACUAUAUUGCAAUGUUGCUCGCAAGAGAACAUGCGGUUCGACUGUAAUUAAUUUGUUUUUAUUCUUGUUGUAGCAAAACGGAAAGGCAACGUUGGUGUAGUGCAUUACAUUGAUUCUGAUGAAAAUUUCAAAUGGUUAUUAAAUAAAGGAAAAUAUUCUCCUUACGUUUCUUUAUUCACAGCAGAAUAUUUUACAGAGUAAGGGGAUAUUCUUGUUAGACUUGAACUAUGUAAAUAUUUCAACAUUGUGAUCCCAUGGCCAUGAACUCAACUACAUGCACAUGCAUGCAGCACAUCCUUUACCAGGGCUGAUGGGCUUAUACAUGGGGGGGGGGGGGCAGGCUUAUAUACGGGGCGGGGUUUAUACAUGGACGGCAUUUUGGGUCCGUGGUAACCAAGUAUUUAUUGUUAAUUAUAAACACGAAAAUAAACAAAAAUUAAUAAAGCGGCUCAAAAAUGGUAACAAUUUCGGCUCAAAAAUGGUAACAAUUUCCGCACGUAAUACAAACAUAUACAAGAUCAAAAAUUAGUCUAUAACAUGCAAGUUGUCUAUUGUCUCUUGUUUAAUGUUAGCAGUUACGUAGGUCCGAUGUAAUAUAGUUCUCACAAACUACUGUUACCUGUAAUGUACAGUAUGACCAUUUAAGAUCUAAUAGCAAGUAUUAGCAACUGGGACCAGUUCACGUUUAUACGAAGGCAGCACCAUGCAUGCAUUCACUGGAUAGUGACUUUUUCAAGCUUUAAUUCUUUUGUUGACCGUUGAUUGGUAAUGUAUAUAUAAUCCAGAUUAAAAAGUUUUAAUUAGUAUUUAUGAAUUAAAGUUUCUUUAUAUUUGUUAUGGGGUCCAUAUGUCGUUAUUGUCACAAUAUUUUUAAAAAGGAUGAAAAGUCAAUCGAGUGAAUUGCGCUAAUAGAGUAUCUGGCCUUUGUACAACCGACAAUUUUUCAUUACAAUAGGGUAUAAAGCGUAACAUAAUUAAAAGGCAACGGCAAUAACAGAGAUGUUCGUCCACUUGGAAAGAGUUAACGUUGAGAAUAAUUACAAAGAUUUGCCCACCGUUAGACCAUUAUGCAUAUUCAGCAUGGCGCAAUGCACAGUGAUUUAAAUGACAUCCGUAUAUAAAUCGGAAUGUUUUUGCUAAGAACGAUGCAGUAAAUCUGUAAAUGAAUUUUGUAAUAUAAGUGGUUCUUGCAAAUGGGAAUGAUUAACUUCUAUUCUCAUGUUUUUUAGUGAUCGGCUGAAACAGUUAAUAAAUGCUGAUAAACUUUCUGGAGCAUUAGUCUUAUAUGCUAGAAAUUUCACAAUAAAUGGAACGAAUCCUCCAAAUUCAGGUAGCAGUGAAGUGUGGGAGAUAUUUCAUUAUGUCGAGGAUCUUGAAAUUCAUGUGUUUGAGGUUCAAGAGCAUUAGACAAUCAGGCCUGUUGCAAUAUCGACCUUUAAAGAUGCGGUUCAGUCCGUUCUGCGCAUGUGCACAAAGGAGCCCUCUUUUUAUUUACAAACAGUUUAUUUAGGUUUUUAUUUCAUUUUAUGUUCUUGCAAAGCUUGAUUGCUGUCUCUUCUUAAUUUAUUAUACUCUAGCAUCAUGAAAAUAUAAGUAGUUGUCGAAUAAAAUUCAAUAUUUUGGAUACCGAAAUGUAAACAAAGCCUUUGUUUACAUACGGACUGUACUGCAUCUUUAAUUUCUAAAAUUACACAUCUACAUAUGACAUGAGUAUUUCCAGUUCGACAGUAUACCAUGCAAUACUUAUGCAUAUCCUGUAUACCAUAUAGGUAUUCUCUACAGUAUGUUUUCUAGUACAAUUAUUAAAACGUUAGGCCACGAUGUAAUUUAAGUGCCACUCCAGUAUUCGCAAAAUUACGAUCCGGAAAUACUAAGAGCUUUGAUUGUCCUUCUUUAAUUAAAAACUAAAUUUGUGUGACUUGUUAAUGUUAAUAUCUAAAAAGCAUGCCUUUAUAUCAAGCAAAACUAUUGUCGUCAGCACGUGGAAUGUUUCAAAGAAUACGGUAUACGAGCUUAGUUAUGGAGUUCAUAGUGAGUUUGACCAAGACUAUGUCGCUAUUACUGAUAUGCAGGGCAGCCGAGAGGUUACGCGGGGCGUGGGGCAAAACUUUCCCAUGCUCCUAUGACGACAUAAAAUUUUCCCCUAUGAAAUAAAAACGGGAGAAUUUUAAAGUAUACAAUAUUAAGCAAACCAGUCGCGUAUGUUUAUGGUGUGAUAAUGCACGCAGGGAAUGUUGGGAGUAUUCUUCCAACAUUCCCCGAGUGCAUUAUCGCACCAUAAACGCACAAGACAAGUUUUUCUUUUAUAAUAUAAUAUAAUAUAAUAUAAUAUAAUAUAAUAUAAUAUAAUAUAAUAUAAUAUAAUAUAAUAUAAUAUAAUAUAAUAUAAUAUAAUAUAAUAUAAUAUAAUAUAAUAUAAUAUAAUAUAAUAUAAUAUAAUAUAAUAUAAGUUCUAUGGUAGAAGAUAUUACAUAGUAAACAAUUUUACUCAAAAGAUUGACUUCUAAUAAUAAAUAUUAAAGCCCAGCAAAGUGCUUUUAAAAGAGCCAUAAACCAUUAAAUUUAUUUUUUUUUAAUAAAGAUUUAGUAACGUUUCGUCUUAACUUAAGACAUCUUCAGACUAUAUUAAAUUACAAGCUGUAAGAGUAAUUUAAUAUAGUCUGAAGAUGUCUUAAGUUAAGACGAAACGUUACUAAAUCUUUAUUAAAAAAUUUUAAAUUUAAUGGUUUAUGGCUCUUUUAAAAGCACUUUGCUGGGCUUUAAUAUUUAUUAUUAGAAUUUGUUUUCCGCCUGGUACUUCUCUGGUAACAAAAGAUUGACUACUAACAUGUACUCGGUGACGACAUCUACUAACAUGUACUCAGUGACGUCACGCGCAUGCUUUUACUGUCGCUCGAAUUUUUAAGCGAGCGAAGGAGCAAAAUUGCCAAAACCGGCAAUAUACAAACUUUUGAUGCUAUAUAAAGCCGGAAAAAUUGUUUAAAAUGCUGGAAAUAAAAAACAGUGAUACACAGACUAAUUUGUCAAAGUUUUUCAGCAGAUCUGGGCUGCUGGAUUUGUCACGAAAGACGUUAAAUCGUAUAGGUUUCGUCGUGUUGCUCAGUUUUAAUUUUCGAAAUUAUUGUAUUUUUUUGUUUUUCGCCGAAAAUAUAUCUAGCAGUUGUUAUCAGAAGAAUUGAAGGUACUUUCUAAAUCACUUAUGUUUAGUUUUUGUUGCCUUUUUGUAUGUUUUUGGUAUUCCUGUAUCUUUUUUCAAUUUUUUCUCGGCUAUUUUGCACGCUUUUGCCCAAAACCUGUCAAGACAACAACAAAAUCGACGAAUAUCAAGCCGGUUAAUUUUUCACGUAGAACUAUAAAAAAUGUUGUUUAUAUUUUGGGCUAAAAAGCAGAAAAACAUAGAAAGAGCAAGGUAGUGCCACGGAACAAUGCACGCGCAUUAGCCAAUCAAAUCGUCUGUUAUAUCACACUUAUAUUAUAAUGCAUGUUAUCCGGCCCUGAGUCCUGACACAGCUAGGAUUUAUAUUCUCGCAGUCCUGUAUUAAGCAAUUUUAGGUCGUUUGGUGGCCCCUUUGGAGCUAGAAGACUGGGGGCGAAAUGCACCCUGUCCCCCCUCUCUGUGCCUUGCUGAUAUGUUACUGAUAGUAUUGCCUUUGUUGAUAUUUAGGUUUUUCUCCGGAGUAUCCAUGCCCCAAUGAAAAGUUUGGUGAGUUUAUUGUUAUGCUUAUAAUGCCAAAUCUAUAUGUCUGAUAUUUAUUCUCCAUUUAACUAGUAUAAUAUACUGCACAGUAUGUGACACUAUUUUACCUCACACACAAUGGACCAAUCCUAUACAUAUAGGAUCACGUGCGUGUCCGAUAUUUUAAGCCUUGUGCUCAUUUGUCAGUGAUGGUCUGCGGGUGCCUUUGCACAGUGCCGUUGCCUUGCAUCGGUGAUGAGUAACAUUUUUUGCUUACCUGAAACCAUCCUCUCAUUCCGUGAUCACUAACAGUGAUCCACGAGUGCAUCGCCGACCAUCGACGGCAUACGAGAACCAGAUUUUAGGAUGUCGGACAGGUGCCCAUAUUGACGCCUUUCAUGUUGACGUCACAUAACGAUAACUACAGCUACCAGCAAUAAUCGUGAAGAAAUACAAUAUGGUGUUUUAUGUAAGAAUGUGGAAAUUUCAAUUUUUAACAUCACACUUGUUUGAAAUAAAUCACGUGACUGGUCACGUUACUAUAAUUAAAAAAAUCUUUAAAAGCGAAAAUUUGGACUGAAACCGCAUGAAACAUAAAAGAAACGUUUUCAUCAGGAACAAACAACAUUUUACUGUACAGGGUGAGCAAACCGAAUUUAGUUUUUCACCUCCAAUAUCAGCAAACUAUUGCUGAUGCUUAGUGUUGAUCAUCAUCAUCGUCAUCAUCAAUCAAUUUUAUUUCAAUGAAAUGCGUUAGCCUCGCACAGCUAAAAGCUAAUUUACAGGAGGGGCGUGAUAUAUAAACAGCAGAAUAUAUAGAAUAUUAUAUAUACCCUCAACCCCCCACCCCACCCCACCCCAAGAACAAAGAAAAAUAAAGUCAAGUAAAGAGAAUUAACUUUAUUCUGCAGCAUUGAUGCACUAUAUUUAAAGCUUCGCUUCAAUUUUGGUUUUGGAAGUGCUAGAUCCGUUUCCUGAUUUCGUAAAUUACGGCCUCUAUUAAGUUCUCUAAGUCUUACGAGGCUUUCUCUUAAACAUGGCGAACAAUUUUCAUUAAGGACUUUAACAUUAGGGUACUAGUCCACCUAACAUGUAGACUAUCCCAUCCUAAAACUUCUAAAAGAACACUUGAUCUAAUCCUAUCAUCAUGUCUUGGUCCAGUGCAUGAUAACUCUAGCCGCACGAUUUUGUAGUAUUUGCAAUUUAUCUUUUAAUAUUUUAUCGCAUGAUCAAUACUUAGUCAUUUCUUUAUAAACGUGUUGCUUUUCGUUUCAGUGAGUGCAAAUUUUUGCUUUUAAAAUAAAUUGUGAGCAUGAAUUAUAAUUCCAUAGUAGUCACUCGAAAAUUCCAUAUUUUUUAAAACACCACGAUAUAUUGCAUGUAUUUGUUCUUCCGGGUUAUUACUCCAUAUUACUCAAACCAACUAACCAAGUUUCAUCAACACUAAUUACUAUAAGCAUCGGCAAUAGUUUGCUGAUAUUGGAGUUGAAAAACUAAAUUCGGUUUGCUCACCCUAUAAAUGUUUUUGUUCCUGAUGAAAACGUUUCUUUUCAUGUUUCUUGCGGUUUCAGUCCAAAUUUUCGCUUUUAAAGAUUUUGGGCAUAACUAAAAAUUAAUUUUAGUAACGUGGCCACUCACGUGAUUUUUUCAAACAAGUGUGAUGUUGAAAAUCGGAAUUAAAAUUCCGAUAGCUGUAGUUAUAUGACGUCAUCAUGAAAGUGGUCUAUCGGAUUAUCAGACAGCCGCUUGUCGGCGCUUUUCUUGUUGUUAUGUCAUUUUUUUUGUAAACACACAAUGGCAAACGGUACGAUUUAUUUCAUUAGUUUAUUUGGUUGGAACCCUUUUUUCGAAAUCCAUUAUUUUGUGAAGCAAUAUUUAACAAUUCCACUAUUCUAGAUUACAAUUUUUGAUUAUAAUGUCUAUAUGAAGUGCGUGAAGGUAGGAAUCUAAUUUUGUUAUAUCUAAUAGAUAUAAUAUCUAAUAGAUAUAAUAAAAUUAGAUUCCUAUCUUCACGCACUUCAUAUAUAGACAUUAUAGAUUAUUAGGUCCCUUCCGUUUACAAGAAUCCAAUAAUAAUACACUGUCACUGUACUGUAAUAUGCGAGAAAUGAUGGCUAUACUCCUAACUGUAAAUGUUUUACCUAGGUCUGUAUGGUAGUAAUGGAGUCUAUAGUUGCAGUGGAAAUGGGAGUAAUUCAGUGACUUGGAACGAUAAUGUAUGUGAAGCAACACCAUCUGCAUUACUAAAUGAUGUCAUUGCUGUGCCGAGAAGUUAUUUUACAACUGAUGUUGUCUUUGUCGUCUUCACAACUUUGUUUUUAUUUCCAUCUAAUAUAGGGUUCUGAAAUGUCGUAUAGAGAUUAUGGUAUUCCGGUAUUUGCAUUAUACAAAGAAAAUGAAAUCAACAAUUUGAUCAAGGUUGGUGGACAAUUCUUACCUUGUGUUGUAUUUUUAUCAUAGAAAUAUUAGACCUAGAAUGCGUGCUUGGUCACGUGACCGAUGUCCAAAUUGAAAACAAAAAUGCCCUUAUAAAUACGCCAUGUUGAAUUUGAGCAUAGGAGUACAAACUAUAAACUAUAAACAAAGCUAAAACUAAGUUUUCACUUUUCAUCGUCAAAAGGUUUUGCCUUGCUAUCUAGUUUGUAGUUUGGGGGAUAGAUUUUGAAAUAUUAGUAUAGGUAAUGAUGCGAUGGCGAGUACAAUUUUACUCAUAAAACAUUUUGCAUGCUUUGAACGUAACUGCGUUGCUAAUAUUUUAUUAAAUUACGAAAUGAUAGAUCAUUCUAGCUUCGUCGGGUUUCGUGUUUUUGAAACAAAAAUAUUUAGUUGUCGAUAAACUGUAAAUCGCCUAAAUAAUCGUUGAAAACUAUGGUUUCAAAAGCGUUGCCUCAAGCUCAAGCAACGUAAAAAAUAUAAAAAAGUAGUUGUGUAAGUUUAAAAAGAUUACUAUUAAACUCCAUUUAUAUUAUAAAAAAGAUGAAAUAUUUUUAGAACAUACCUUAGUAUUGAGUUUGAGUUUGUCUUGAUCUUUCGUGUUUUGUUUUGGCUUGCACAACAACGUUGAAAAUGUAUUUUCAAACGACAAUUUCUGUAUAUAUUCUGUUCAGAACUAUUUAUUUUCGUAAAAAAACCACUGGAAUGGGUUUUCAGACACUUUUUCUUCUUUAAAAAACUUUUUUUCCACUUCAAGUCUCGAUAUAAUUGUUUUUGCAAACUUUGUUGAAAAAAAACCCCAAACAAUUCGCGCACUCCCUACAACCGCGCGAAAUUCCCCGCCUCAGGAGUCUGGGACUAGCCAAAAUUCCCUUAUAAAUCCGCCAUUUUGUGGAGACAAAAUUUUUACUGAGAAAAGAUAGGAGCACGCACUCUAUGUCUAUUAUUUCUAUGAUUUUUAUUUACGUGGCAAUGUUUCCAUCCGGAUUCAUACUGAAGCCUGUUUUCCACUUCAACCGUAUCGUAACGCACCGUUGCAUUUUCUUUUGUGUCGAAGUCAUUAGUUCCGCAUUACCGCUCAGGAAACAAAGAAAUACGCUACGUUUCGGUACGAUACGAUUGGGGAGAAAAAAAGGCUUGACUCAUCCACAGUCCUUUCAAAUCGCUCCGAAAAAUUUCCACCCAAUGAUGCAUGGGAAUUCUCUCUAACAGAAUAACAUGACGAAAAAACCCAUGGUCAGUCAAUCCCGUUGCGGUUCAGUCGAAAAUCGUGAAGUUAUUUUUAUUGUAUUAUUAUGUCGACCUCCGGAUGUGCUUGAAAAAUUGUGGGACUGUCCUGCGAUGUUGCAUGCAACAAUGUGAUUUUCAAAUUUGAAUCGUGUGCCAGGUUUCCAACACUUCAUCGAAAGUACGCAAUAUCCAAAAAAAAUGAACCUCUUAACAAAAAAUGUAAACAAGCACAUGCAGGGCUGAACUGCUGAACAUGCCGUACAAUUUAAUACCAGUUAUUAAUAUGUUUUGCUAUAGUGUUAUAAAGACCACAAUAAGCCUGUAAAUGGCGAGAAUCCUGACUAUCCGUUAUGUGGAGUGGAGAUGAUGAGCUUCAUGCAUGCAGCAAAAGAUACACCUACAUGUAUGAGGAAAAGUAGUGCGCCAAAAUAUACACAGAGUAAGUGCUUUGAAUGUAUUUGCUUUGCGUCAUACCAGGCUAUCAACACUUUAUUAUUCGAUGAAACAUCAGGAUUUCGUAUCAAGGUAUAAAGAUAUAAAUACGAUGAAGAUAUAUAAUGGUUGUUUUUAGAACCGCAACUAAAUCACCUAGUAGCUUUCUUUCAUAAUUUGAGUCGCCGCAAUAGAGCCGCGUGCAAGUUCGAUUCCUCAUGCCAGGGAACCUAAAGUUGCAUUUUUUCCAGCUGCAUGUUCCUGGUUAUGUCUAUAAUAAGUGUAUAUAAGUUUCCACUUAAUAAUUUCCUUCUAGCUACAAUACCCUUCAACUAUAUAAUUAAUAGACAACAUAUUAAAAACCAUAUUCGCAUUUUGUUUCGCACCAGCUAUGAUUUGUGUCAUAUUGUAUAGCUUCUAGCAACAUCGAAGGUCUUAAAAAACAUGUAUCAGUGUGAUGAUAAACUACAAUUUUACGAUGAGUCACUGCGUGCUAACUUUAUGUUUUUUUAUUAAUCACUGUCUGGGUUCCUAUAACAUAUUUCCUCUUAAAUAAUAAUAAUAAUAAAAGCAUCUAUUUAUAAACCAUGGUAAAUUUACAUAUAUAAAUAUAAACGUAAAUAAUAUUAAUAUAAUAAUAUUUAAUAUAUAAAUAUAAACAUAAAUACAUCGGUAUAAGUGAUCUAACAGAACAACAAAUUACACGCCACAUAACUGAGAUACUAGGUUAUUUUACACAAUCCAUGUAUUAACUCACGGGCAAUAGGACAGGUGUAGUGUUGUUAAAUAGAAAGUUAGAAAUGGUAUUGUACUUACUCAUGUAUUAUAAUUAUGUUUAAAAGAUCAGAAUAUUCAUAACUUCUUAUUUUGUUUCAUAAAUAGUUCUUUAAUAUUCGAAACAAAUUCCAUAUCUGCUUCGUCUGGCAUCGCCAUGUUUACUCGUCCCAAUCUACAUGCUGCACGGCAUUGCCGCCCCUCCUGGCAAAAUAAUAAGCAAGCGAGAAAACCUUAAUUUUUCUCGCUUGCUUAUUAUUUUGCCAGGAGGGGCGGCAAUGCCGUGCAGCAUGUAGAUUGGGACGAGUAAACAUGGCGAUGGCAGACGAAGCAUUCUCGUACCCAGAGCCCUUCUUACGCGCGUUCGACCGAGCACGACGAGGGGCUCUGGCCAAAUCCAUAACCGGAUACCAUAAAAACAUGGUAUCUGGUUUAACACUGCGCAUGCUCAACGUCAAACGCGGAUAAACACUUUGGUUUUCUUGUUUGUUUCGUUUUGAAAGUUUUACUCCAGGAAAACCCCACAAAAGCGGUAGGUUUCGCUAAUUCUAUUUAUUUAAAUCAAUUAGUAGGUAAGACGUGAUGUUCUCAAUGUAUGUUGAUAAAAUUUAGUAUAUAUUUCCCUCUUAAACGUUGUCAGAUUGUCUCACUAUUUUAUAUUCGGUUUAAAUUCGCUGUUGUACAGAUUUGUAGACUUUUUUGUGUUUUAUUAAAAGUCAACAGUCAUACAUAAGACAUACUAUACUGCAAAUCCUUUGAAAAUUGUAAAAAAUCGGUUUCUAGGAAGAAAAUAGUCAUCACAAUUAACUUCAUAUUCUGGCUGGCUUUAAUAUUUUCUCUUCAGAUGGCACUUCAGCUUUGAACAUGUAACACAGAUUUGUUUGAUUAACAUCACUGAUUUGGAAAUACGACGAGCAUCUCCAUAAAUAUACUGACUUUUUUCUACGAGAACAUCACGUCUCAACCUAUUAAUUUCAAUCAACUAAUUGAUUUAAAUAAAUAAAAUUAGCGACAUCUACUGCUUUUGUGGGCGAUUAUCAACAACAAUCUUCCUAACUGCUUCGUACUGCUGUUCUUUCAACUUUAAUAAUGUCUUUUCUCCCAAUUUUCAAAGCGAAACCAACGCUUCGUGGAGCGCUUGUGUAUUUUUAUUCAUAUUUACUAUAAUAAACCAUAUAUUUCGUUGUGGCCAAUCAGAAGCCAGUUUGAUAUGGAUUUGGCCAGAGCCCCUCGUCGUGCUCGGUCGAACGCGCGUAAGAAGGGCUCUGGGUACGAGAAUGCAGACGAUGCAGAUAUGGAAUUUGUUUCGAAUAUUAAAGAACUAUUUAUGAAACAAAAUAAGAAGUUAUGAAUAUUCUGAUCUUUUAAACAUAAUUAUAAUACAUGAGUAAGUACAAUACCAUUUCUAACUUUCUAUUUAACAACACUACACCUGUCCUAUUGCCCGUGAUUAACUAUUAAAACCUAUAUGGCUUCACAUAGCAGCAUAUCUAAUUUUCAAUCAAUAAUACCAAAACAUCAACUGUUUACGAAAUAACUAUUACGAAAUACUUUAGACAUGCAAGUAGAAGUGCUCUUAGCGAGAGUUAACCUGCUUUAAUUUAAAUAUAUAAGGUUAAUAAAAACAGGCAUAAAAUACAAUACAACGGUAACUCCGAAUAAAGUAAGCAUUUUGAUUCAACGUUUCGACUUUAUUUAGAUGAUGACUAAAUAAAGUGGAAACGUUGAAUCAAAUUGCUUACUUUAUUCGGAGUUGCCGUUGUAUUGUAUUAAAGCAGGGUUUAAUUAAAUUUGGCAAUAAAUUAGCUAGUCAUGCAUAUAUUAAUUAUUGCUGCAGUCUAUAAUUGAACGCCUUAAUGGCAGACUUUUUGAAUUUGGCGAGAGUAUCAGUUGAUUUAAGUUCUUUAUCUAGCAAGUUUGCAGAGAGUGACAGCCUGGUAAGAGAUGUCAGGGGAAGGGUUUCUUUCUUUUCUAUAACAUAAUUUUUACACAAUCUAUGUUUAAUAUUUGGAUAAAAUGACAAAACCCCAAAACCUAACUCUCCAAAAUGCAUGGCUGGAAUAGGUUCGGGUUCGUAUAUACAAAACUUGAAAAUCCUUGAACCUCCUUGCAUGAAUUUGGGAACAACAAUUCAAGGCUUUGAAAGUUCUAUAAAGAGUGCUUAAAAGUCCUUAAAUUCUUCUUGCUUUACUAAUAUUUUCUGAAAUUGUUUGACAGUACAAAAAUUGGAUAUUUUGUAAAUUGAACAAAGCCAAUGGCCAAAGCCGUUUGAAAUUCAUUAAAGUAACGUCAUUUUUUACUGGUAUAGCCAUGCACUGGUGACAUUUCUCAUGAAUAAAAUUACGUUUUUAGAUGGAUUUUGUGACCCUUUGGGAGAUAAAAAUGUAUGGGGAACAUUGUUUUCAUUUGCUGAUGAUAGUUUUACACACAACGAUGUAAUUCUGGCGACCGCUAAGGUUCGUACAAGAUUCAUCUUUAAACCUGUAGAAAUACGACAAACAUUUCGCACAUUAUGUUUGCACCAUUUUUUACCAUUCUGCAUGCAGUUACCAUGCACUUACUGAAUACUUAUAAGGUUACAUUAUAUGGUAAAAUGCCAAAUUUAUCAAUUUCAACAUAUAUAUUGACUUACAUACCUUUUAAUUAGAAAUCUUUCGGAUCUGCAAUUACUCUCUGCAUGGAUAUUUUACUGAAAAUGCAUGCAGUGGAGAUAUAUUGGCAAGUCUUAAUUUCUUCCUUGCCUCCUCUCGCACGUUGCGUCAUGUUAUAUGUGCGUCAUGUUAUGUGCGUCAUGUUAUAAAGUGAAACUUGGUUCUUGUAAUAAUGUGUAUUGUCAAAUCGAUGCUAAGAAUCUCUAAUAUUGUUCCUUAGCUGGACAGCACGGCGUUUUUCCACGAUCUUGCUCCUGGAGCAGAUAAUGAUGCUACUGGAGUCACCGUGUUACUUGCAGCUGCGGAGGUUCUUGGUAAUUUAACGAGAAACGUAAGUUCACCUGUGUUUUCAUAAUUUCCACUGUAUAUGUAAACAUCAAAUUUACAAACUUUGCUGAAACAAAACUUAUAUAGUUUCUUAUUACAUGUACUAAAUUCAGCAGCUGUGCAUUGCUCUUUUUUUCAGGACAGUAUCAAAGCUCCAGAUUUGAAGAAAAACCAGAAGCAUAUAAUGUUUUCAUUUUUCCAUGGCGUAUGUACAUUCUGCCCAUAUUAUUUUUUACAUUGGUUGUCCACAAUUGCUACGUUGGGCGCACUUAUGAAUAUUCACCCGCUAAUUUUUGGAACUGAAAAUGAACAGAAACACUACACAAUUGCAUGUAGUUGGUCCAUUGAAAUGAAUAUAACUGGAACGCUACCUGCAGUUAAACUGUCUAUGGAGAAAAGCCAAAUCUGACCCGCGUGCUACAUCAUGAUUGACAGAUUGAGCGCUCUUCGCAUGCGUGAAAAGACUGGGACUGGCCUCUAUUCAUUUCAAUGAGUUGGUCUCGUAAUGCAAUUCGCCAUACAUGUUGGAUUGUGUUUUAGGGCUUGAACUGUAUACAGGUUGAACCCGUUUGAUGUGAUAAUGAUUCAUCUUUUAUAUACCAUAAAAUCACCAGAAAUCAAGGCAUGGGACAGCUUGUUUAUUAAGCCUGUUCACUAAUGUUCUUGUCAUGUUUUCUUGCAGGAGGUAUGGGACUAUAUUGGUUCAUCACGAAUGGUCUAUGAUAUGAUGAAUGGCGACUUCCCAGAUAAGGUGCAGUGCGUUUACAUUUUAAUCAUUAUCUUUGGGGGUUAAUUUACAUAUAGAAAAUAAAAUAAUUGUUUUGCUUUGUGAAAAAUACCCGAUUACAUUUAGCAGUUCGAUCCAUGAGUGCAAAUAAGUAUUUCAGACUAAGACUAAAUUUCAAUUCACACGGCGUCUAUUUAUACUAAAUUUAAAAUAUUUUUUAGAUAUCAUAUAGGUAUAUGUACCAACAUGUAAUAUCUAAUAAAUCCACCAUCGAAUCUCUUUUUACCAUUCAUUACUUCACUAAUACGGACACCUCUAACAGUUCCCAAUCUCCCGAUACAUAAUUCCUUUUUUUAAUCAAAACUCCACAAAACAGACACCUCUCUAUUACGUACACUUUGCUGUGUCCCUUCGUAUCCUGCAUGUACUGUAUAAGACAGGCCAGAUUGGAUUGUUUACACCGUACAGGCCGAGACACACUGGACGCGAUUUGACAACGCGGCGCGAUGUUUCAGUUUUUGAAAGUUAAUAAAACAACCAGUGAUAGGAAAUUUUGAAAGAUAUGUAGACCAAAUAACUCAAAAUGUUAUAGGGCUUCUAAAUAUUUGGAAAACUUAAGGAUCAAAGUUAUCGGUCAGUGAAAAUCGAAAAAUCGAGCCGCGUUGUCGAAUCGCGUCCGGUGUGUCUCGGCCUUAAGACUGCAAUAUGGACCUCACCGCUCUAUAACAAAAGUUACCUGAAAAAAUAGGUACGCAGUGCGUACAUGUGGCAUGCCAUCUGAAACCUUAUAAUGUGCUAGCGCUUAUAACUUUGGUACAACUGGCCUGGAGCUUAAAAUAUUGAUUCAAUAAAUUUAACUUCAAUAUAUUUAUUUAAAACUAGCUAUAUUAUGUCAAAAUAAGAAAACUUAAAAUUCCCUUGCGAAUGGGCAAUGUUUUUAUGAGCGACCAUUCAUCGUUAGUUGCAACUUGCAAGCGACGGUAAUAACGAGGUCAAGGUUUUAUCCAGAGUUUUAUUGAAAGCGAUUGACUGUAAGAUUUCCUUUACAAAUUUAUAACUAUAUGUUAUUUCCUACAAAUAUAGCUUUAUUGUAACUUUUUGAAGGUAUAAAAACCCGUGGAAACGGUGAAUUACUAUAAUAGAUUGGAAAUAAUUGCUAAACUAUGAUUGAAAUUAUCGAAGUAGAUUGCUAUUUCGUUGUAUUAAAUUUCAAUAUUAUUAAUGAGAGUGUUGUUUGGUAUUUAUAUUUCAUGUUAUUUACAAAAUGUACUGUAGUUUUGAAGUUUUGUACACAAUAUAAUCAGUGCGAGCACAAUGGCUCCGUUUCAUUUUGACUAUAAAAUUGAGUAUUUUGAUAGCGUGGCCUUUCACGCUAUAUAACGCCUGAUAAAUAAUCAGUGCGAGUACAACGGCUCCAAAAUCACAACAAAUAACAGAAUAUAAGGUAAAUUAAAAACAGCAAAGCUUUACUUACCUCGAUUUAUUUUUCGAAGGCGCUCGAUUAUGUAAAUUUUCGACGAACAAUCAACAUUUUUUUUCCCUUUGCUCGACGAAAACCAUGGACGAAAACGUGAACAUGAUUCAAGAUUUAUAAUUAUGCUUAUAUUGCUCGUAAAUGCUUGUCGGUAUAACUCGAUAUUUGUCGUAUUUGACGUAUUACCUCACGUUCCAUGUGAUCUGCCGCAAGUUUUAUCAACGGACACGAAUUUUAAGGUAUAUGAUAGUUGCAUGCCAUAUAUGGCAUGCAACAAAAAGCGGUUAAUUGCAACAUUAGUAUAAAACGAAAGAGGAAGACUCGCUAUCAUGGAAUGACAUUCAUGAAUACAACUCUGACACUUGAUAAUAAAUAUAUUUUUAUUUCCUUAAGGGUCUUAAAUUGCCAAGGUUGGAUCUUUCAAACAUAGCGUAUUAUCUGGAACUGAACCAAGUUGGUUUGCUGGAUGAGAAUUCACUCUGGGCACACAGAGACCCAGAGUCGGAAGAACACGUGCGCAGCAAGGUUUGUCGAAUAUGUUAGGCAUUGAUUUAAAUCAUCCAAGUAAGAAUCUCGCCUCGUUCAUCCCUUGCAACUACUUUGGAUAAACGCUGUUAAGUUAUUUACAAUGUAAGUUCUUUUAACAAAUCUGGAUUCUACAGUGUUCUGUGUAGCGAAGAGGAGAGGGAAAGAGCACCAAAGUGUAUUUAUUGAUCGUCUAAAGAUGUUACUGACCUAACCAACUGUGAUCUCAUAGUUUUAAUGUUUUCACUAGACUAAAACAAUGUUCAAUACAUUAUCCAAAUUUGGUGCUUCGGUGAACCUGGCAAUCAAAGACCCUUCUCAGUCAAAAGUACAACCUCUCCCUCCUGCAUCUUUUCAAAGAUUUCUUAAAGGGAAUAGAUCUAUCCCAGGACUAGUUAUCGCUGAUCACAAAGCGGCGUACACUAACAAGUAAGUCUCUUUAAAUUUUUCACGCAUUUUAGGACGGAGGGGGCUUACUAGAGAGGGGAGGGGUGUAUGUUCGCGAUUUCGUAUCGAUAUCAAACACUUUGAUUAUAACAAUAGAUACCAAACAACUUGUACAAACAGUAUAGAACGUCUAGAAUUACUCCACGGUCCCCUAGCCUCGUGCUUCUAUUAAAGUACUCUAACUUUCUAGCUCCACGUGAUAUAGUCACGUGCAUGCUAAUGUCAAUAAUGUCUACAUUGCAGGGGCUUAAUUGAGAUGAGCGUAUUGAUUUACGGUACCUACGGUAUUGAUUUAAUUAUACGGUACACUAUAUAAUUUGGUGGAUGUAUUCAAACACAGUAAAAUUAGCAUUCAACAAUACAUGCGUAGUGUAUUUCAAAAUGUGAUGUAACUAUAGUAAUAUGACUAAACGGCAAAACGAAAACAUGGUGAUAUGAACAAGGAUAUAAAUAAACACAUGUACACACGCCUUCCUUUAAUGUGAAGGAGAGCGGAGGAACUUAAUAAAUGUCUUCAUCUAAAAAAGGUGGGAUUAUUACAAGGGAGCUUAUUUGAGAGGGAGCUGUGUUGACAAGGGGCUUACUGGAGUAUAAUUAAAGCUAUCUACACUUGUUGCGAUUUUCAACUUCUGAUGCUUGUAAACGAGAAGACGAGUUAUAAAUGAUCCGAGUAUACAAGUAUACCCGUAUCUGAACAUUUACCUAACUCGUUCACCUCCAUCAAAAGAAAAUCGCACUUAAAAUCCCUGCAGCAAAAUUGCAAGUGUAAACCGGCCUUUAAAGAAUCGACCAUUUGCAUUAUAGACUAAAUUUUGAUCUCAACAAGUCUAGAUAAAAAUUUCAUCACAGCUUGAAAGAGCAUCACAAAAUUAGUAAUAUUCCAAAGUAUCGUUGCGAAAUGUUGUAAACUCGGAUAAUAUAGCCUUGCGAAGUUUGCCGUUUUUCAGUCAUUUUGCAUUACACAGGGGAAAUUGACAGCCCAAUACCAUUUGGGGCUGUCAAUUUCCAGUUUGUAAUAGAAAAUGACUGAAAAACGGCAAACUUCGCAGGACUAUAUUAUCCGCAUUUUACAACAUUUCGCAACGAAACUUUGGAAUAUUACUAAUUUUGUGAUUUUUAUCUACACUUGUAAAUUGAGAUCAAAAUUUAGUCUAUAAUGCAUAUGGUCCGUUGACACCAAUAAUAAAUUGUACCCUCCUAACUGACUGAUUGAUUGAAGUCUGGUUAAAUAUGUCCAUACAUAUUUUUUCUAAAGGCAGUUUGGCUAUUAUUAAUUAGGUAAAUUUUUUCUCUUCCGUUUUAUUCAGAUUUUACAACAGCCGUUUUGAUGAUGUACAAAGACUUGACGUUAAGGUAUGUUAAUAUAUUCCUUCUUCGUCAGCAUGAAAUGAAAGCUGACAACUGACUCAUGGGUAAAAUCUAAGUUUAAAAUAUAUACUCGUCAAUCAACUCUGUCAGCGACGAGUGUUUUUUUUUCCGAUUAUUUAUGUUUUUUCUUUUUGAGCUCCACUCGCCUUUCAAACGAUAAUUGUAUCUGUUACCCGUCCAACUAUUACGCAAAAUACUACAUUUUGUUGGUGUAAAUAUCGUUUUUAUAAAGCUAGUCAAAAGUACAAAAUUGAAGCAUGCUACUUCGUCACGUGACUGUCUUUCUACAGGGUACCCAAGACAGAGUAGUCUAAAUUGGUCACGUCACAUAUUACAUCCCUCCUUGGCCCGAGAGCCUCAUGAAAUCCAUGAAUGGUGAGUGAAUAGCAUCUCGUCUUGAUUCAUGAGAGCGAGGCUCCCAGGCCAAGGAAGUAUUCGUGAUAUAAUUAUCGAAGGUGGCUCGAUACAGUUUUCAAAAAUUCAGGUGCUUAACAGUUUGACAUGUUCAAACUACGCAUUUUUAGGAUUUAUUCAGCAGAUAUUGGUGUUUUUUAUAUAUUUUGAUAACUCUACUUUCAAAUUAUAUUAGUCUUAGUAACAGAUAGCUCGUUGCUAUGACAACAUACGUGUACGAAAUUCACUCCAAAAUGGCCUAUCGUUUCGUAUAGUUGGAAAAAAAGCAUGGUGACCCCCAAUUUUUUUUCUUGCAUUGUUUUACUUGGACGAAAAGCUAACAAUUAGCAAAAUAUAAAAAAAUUCUGUAAUGCCAUUUUUUUGGAAAAUGCGAAAAUGUCAUAUUCUUCGGUAAAAUUUUUUUGGCAUUACAGAAUUUUUUUAUUUUUUGUAUAAUGAAAGUUUUUAGCGGUGCAAUACAGCAUGCAAAAUUUGAACAUAGGUCACCAGGCAAAAUAAAGAGAUAUAGCGCAUUGUUUUUCUAAAAUGGAAAAUUCUAAUGACGUCAGCAAUCGACACAAAACGCUAUACAACACGCGCAAUGACGUGAGAUGGCGCGAGCAACUGCUCACGUCAGGUCAUUUUGGAAGUUCUUUCAUUUUGUUAAUCAGUUUGCACGACCUGCGCGUAAAAAUGGUCGCCCAGUUUUGUUCGCGAUUCUUGAGCAGGGUUUUUGUGAUAACUAUAUCGAGCUACCUUAAAUGAAAAUGAUGAAAUUGUUAAUCAUAAAAAUAUGUACAUGACUUGGCGUGCUUGUUUGUUAUUAUUUACCCAUCUGCAUGGGAAGAUGAUAUAGCACUCAAAAGCUAACAUGAAAAUUGUCUUAGUUGAUCCAUGCAUAAUAUUAAAAUAAUUGCACAGCAGCAUUGAAACUAGUUGCAAAACAAGUUCACAUACAGUGUAAGUUCAUUGAAAUCUCAACUAUACAAUUUUUAAUUCUCAUUUGUGCUUCUUCUUCCCAAAUCUCACCCGGAACCUGCUAUACCUGUUAAAAUAUAUUAUUUGAAGACUACAAUCAUAUACUAUAUUUUCUGUUUCAUAGCAUCUAACGAAGCUCGCUACUACAGUUGCUAAGACUCUUUAUGAACUGGCAUACAACGAAACAAACGAUGAUAUGGCAGCAAAUGAAGAGCGGGUAGGUAAUGUGCUACUUCCAAGGGGAAUAAACCCUCCUGAGCCCCACCCCGUAUGCAGUACACCUUAAGCUGAAGGUGGUGUAAUUUGCUUCCGUAGCAGGAAGAACUGUUCAGUAGGCUUCUCGAUAUUGCUGCGAGCAAAAUAAUAUUGUCUGCUCACUUUCUUCGACUUCGCCUUGUAACCAGGCCUGAUUCAAGAUGAAAAAUAAUUCUUAAAAAUAAUGAACUCCAUCCGCUGACUGAACGCUGGCUCGCUACAAGUGGUAGCUCCCUACAAUGUUCUUAUGCCAGUAUUUUAAUGUUUCUUCUCACAAAUCAUGUUUUAGUAACACAUAUAGUUCGUUGCUAUAGCAACACAACGUGUAGGAAAUUCACUCUAAGAUAGUCUAUUGUUUCGUGUACUUUGGAAAGCAGCAACAUGAUCCCAUUUUUUUCGUGCACUUACUGCACUAUUUUACGCAGAACAUAAGAAAAUCUCUAUCGUUUUGUUAGAUAAAAUGUUUUCCAUUUAUAGAUUUUUUAAAAUUUUGGUAUAAUGUGGUAUAAAAUUUUGGUAUAAUGUAAUACAUCGUUCAAAGUACAAACAUAUGUCGCCUGACAAAAUAGUGAGAUGUAGUGCACCGUUUUUCACAAAUUGGAUCUUUUUAAUGACUUCAGCAAUGUGUUAUAAUACACACGCAUUAGCCAAUCAGAAUUGUGUGUUACUGAGUAUAUCGAGCCACCUUGAACUUCAUAAUUGAAAUGAAAUCAGUUCAAAUCAAACAAUUUCCUCGUGAAAAUAAUUUUGUUAAUCUAAAAAGUAAAAUAGGAUAAUUUUAGAAACUUACAGCUGCACUGAAAAUAAAUGAAAACAGUGUACGGGCAAAAAAAUUAAAGCAACAAUCAAAACAAACUUGCCUGAUAUUUCACAAUUUUCCACCAUAUAUUCUUUAUCAUACCUUCAAAGUAAAAGUGAAAAAAUCGCUUCAUAGAUCAUUGUAUGAAACGACUUUCCCAUACGAUCUCAAAAUCCUAAUCAUUUUACUCAGAGGAAUGACCACCCAUACACCCAUUUCAAUAAGCUGGCUUUCGUUUUCCUUAGUACCUGGUGUGCUCCGCGUACGGCUCGUGGAUUAAGCCUUUUUAUUUAUAUGGCAUACUGAAUUCGUUCUAACUUUUGAUUGUUCAAGAGCCAUAAUCAGAAGACACACGCAUGGAUAACGCCAUUUCUGUGACGUAAUACCUUUAAGACAAUCACAGCUCUUUCAGAAGCAUCGCGAACUAAUGGCUUUCGUUGUUUUGCAUUAACUAAAAUAAUGCUUGAAAAUGUUCAAAAACUAGUGUGCUCUAAAUGUCCAUCUACACAAAAGCUUUAUGCUUAAUUUGGAUUUUGGAAUAAUUUAUCUUUACCAUACUCUUGGCACUCUGACAUGAUGGCUGCGGGUUGGAUUCCUGCCGGAGGUCCUAUAUGUUUCCGGUUAAAUAUGUACAGUAUGUUAUUCUUUCUAUAGAUGUCCAAAAUUUACAUUACGUAUUAUGCCUAUCAUUCCAAAUGCUGCGAAGCAUAGUGGAGUAGCCCGCAAUAUGAUGUCAGCCAUAUUUUUGUAUAAUUGCACCUUCUUUAAAUAAAGUUUAUUAUUUUAUUAGCCAUCAUAAAAUUUGUUAAUCUAUUUUUAUGUUCAUUUAGGUAACAGAGUUGCUGGGUUGUCUUAUCGUCAAUCAAAAUUGUUCUCUUUUUAAACAAGUUGUAACCAAAGACAAAGCUUAUCGCCUGGGUAAGUAUUUAUUAGCUUAUUAAAGUAAAUUCACCAAUGCUUAACCCAUCUACAGUAUUUUAUCGCUCUGUAUUGUACUCCACUAAAAAAAUAAAAAUGAAGUCGUUGAGGUGGAAAUUGAACGUAUCGUGCAAUUUUGGUCUAAAAUUAUGAUUAGAAAUGCACUCCUGCUUCGCCAUUAUUGGUUUAUAUAGCAAUGUUUAAUUUCGUGCAUGUACCUUUGGACAAUGGUUGUGCUAUCCAGACACAGCUUUUGAUAAUGAUAAUAACUAUGAGUCAUUUCCUUUACAGCAUCACAGAACGGUCCCUUGCCUCGUUACGUUGGCACGGACAACAAACUCAAUGGUCCCUCUGGCAUUACUGUUAUGACACAGUAUCUGCUGGCUUAUUUCACUGGAAUUAACUUAAAUGUAACUGGUUGUCCAGCUGGAUCGGGGAAUGUAAGUUAUGUAGGCCAUGCAGAUCGGAAUAAAUCAUGAUUUGUAUGCUCCUUUUAGUCAUUUUAUUAUUUUUUAUUUAUUGGCAAAUGUCUCUCUCAAUUAAUUACAUUAAUAAUAUCUAGAGGUUCUAAUUCACCACGUUCGAAUGUAUGUAAGACAUGUUACUGCUUAAACAACUGACAAGUAUAUUAUGGGAACGAUGCAAGGAGACCCCAUCUUUUUUUUCUCGCCGAGUUAAAGAGAAAAAGAGCUUGCAUGAUUUAUGCUUAAAAUAAUUUGGGUGUUAACCUUCUUUAUUGUCUGCAGCACCUUUUUUAUUGACAGAUGAGUUUCGUAUAUCACAAUGCUUAUGGCACAUGCAUCGGGGCAAGUGUAUAUUCUUCACCAGCAAAAUCUCCAGCAUUCAUACUUGAAGACUAUGGUUCAACUGAAUACUCCACUUGGACAGAAAGCAGGUAGGGUUUUACUCAGUUUGGGCAGCCUUGUACCCAGGCGCUUUAGAGCAAAAAAUAUAUGAUCGCGCUAAGUCGCGUCCUCCCCAAGCACCCCUGCGCGCUCGCCCUGGUGUCUAUAUAGUAGCUUAGCGCGAUUACAUUUUUCUAACUAAAGCGCCUGGGUACGAGGCUGCAGUUUGGGCAGUUAAUGCUGCGUAAUGAUGUAAAGUCGAAAGUUGGGUUCUUUUAAUUUCAGCCAAAUAUCAAUAAUAUUAAUAAUUGAAUAGUUGUGAUUUUUUCAGUUGAGUUAAUUUUGACCAAAUUUGAAAACUACCCGUUGCACCAAAAGUUCUCAAUGUUCCUGAAAUACUACAAACACUUUGCAAUAGAAUUACCGUGCAAAAAUUGUAUUAAUCGAAUAUAUGGUCACAAUUAAAUUUUGGAAAAAUGUAGUAAAUCCCAUACAUUUGGUGAUGACUGUACUUCCAGUUUGCAAUGCUAAUUUCAAAAACUACCAAUGGGUGGCUAACACCUCGCUCUAUUAAUUAUUAAAUUUUCAUUUUUGAGUUAGAUAUGGCUAUUUUUGUACAUCCAAUAAAGGGUGACCGGAAACGUUUGACCAGUACUGUAUGUAAAUAAAAUGAUUUGUUGGAUAGAAAACUGUCGUCUUCUAUUCUCAGACACUCUAAUGUAUCAUUUCUUAACUCCAUUCGCUCUUCUCUUAAUUUCCUAGGUGGGGGAAUGACAAUCGUAUACGGAUGUUCCUAAUAGCUGAUCCCACUCAAGAGGUAGUAUUUUUAGAUUGUGUGUUUUGCAUGUGAAAGAACCGGACAAUUGAAAUGACACUAAAAUUAAUUGCACAAAAGUGACCCAGAAUUAGAAUUUUCGGAACACACCCCGAUAUAACCAGCAAUAACAGAAAGCACAAAGAGAUGAAUGAAUACUUGUUGUAAAAAUUUAUUUCAGGCAGAAAUUCGUUGAGCUCGCGUUGUUGAAACAAUGGGUAGUUUACGAAUGUAAGACAGCGACGUCAGGACGACGGCUAAAACAACUGUUUGAAAUAAAUGAUUGUAUGAAAAUAUUGUCUUGUAUUUAUUUUUGUAUGAAUUUAAAAUAGUCUUAACCCUCCGAGCAAUGUUGAUCAACUCUGCUAGAAAAACUACCUGUCACGACGUGAAAUGCUAGCGUACUUAAUACAAGACGUGAAAAUAUACAUUUUGCCGUUGUAAACAGAGCUUGGACGACGUCUAAAACCCCUGUUAGACUUUUAUUUAUUCAUUUCUUUUGUAUAUAGGAUUAAUGUCACUGUAUUGAUAGCGGUCGUCCUGAUGUCGCCGUCUCACAUUCGUAAACUCCCUAAUACUAUACUGCCACUGCUUGACAGGAUAACCCGUGUGGUCCCAGUGCACUAAAUUGUGCAGAAAGCGAUAAAACUUUCUUGGUAGGCCAAUAAUUCCUCUAUUUUAUUUUAGGCUAUAACAUUGGCAGUUGGAAUAAUGCUUACUCUGAUCUCCCUAGUAGUGACAGUUUUUAUGUACCGAAAGGCUGAACAGUUAUUUACGCCUGGUGAUCGUGUUUUGGUAAUCAACGAUGAUAUGCAAUAAUAAGACAAUAAGUGGUAACAACUAGCGGAGAUUGCAUAGUUAUAUAUGCUGUAGGCGUACAGUCAAGCACUAUAACGUACUUCUGUUAUAGGCGAAUUAUUCCUUUAUUGGACGAAUAUUUCAAUAAUCAGGAUGACCACAUAACGAACACUUGUUGUUGGUCACCUUUAUUUACCUUUGGCCACCUUUGGUCACACUGAGAUCAUAACGACAUAUUAAGGAGAUUUUAAUUCAAGACCAAACGUGGAAUCUAUGCGGCAAGUGAGGUCGUCGUGUGCCCAAGCUAGUGUCCUACUGUAUGUAUAAAGAAAAAUCGAUGAACAAAGCGAAAAUCCGAAAAUCGUAUCUAAUUUGGGACCCUUUCCCACCAGGAAUUCCGUAAGUCGUACUGGGAUGUUACCGCACCAUCAAAUAUUUAACAGUUAUUCUGCGAACUCGAGUCGAAUAUGAGCUGAAAGCCGAUGACGCUCAUAUUCGACGAGAGUGAGUGGAAUAACUGUUUUAUUAUAUACACAAGGUCUGAAUUCACAGACUUUGCUUUUCGAAUAUUUUCAAUAUUUUUCUAUUUUGUUUAUGUUUCUAUCUUCGCUUUUUCGGCCGAUAUGAUUAAUUUUCAAAAAUAUGUAUUUUUAACCAAUUUAAAUUUUAAAAAUUCAUUUUCUAACCUGUAAACAAAUUGUGGGAGUUUUUUCAUAGUGUUUUUAAUCCUGUAAAGGCUAUAAAAAGCGAACAACUUGCCGUUUUCUCGUUCGCAAAACGUCGGAAAUUCAGUUUGAGCCGCCAUUUUGUUUUUCUCUACUAGCAGGAUAUGAGCUAAUAUCCUGCUAGUAGAAAACCAAUCAGAUUGCAGAAUACCUCAUUUCCAGACCUUGUGUAUAUAGUAAGGUUUGCUAUUCCACGCAAGACUUUUCAUUUAAUAAAUUGCGGCGCAUUUAAAAAUCUCUUGUUCACGCGCGCGGGAUGGUACGGUAAAAUCACACGAUCUGCGGGACUCCUGAUCCAUAUGGCAUAUGUAUAGCUAGGCAGUGAUCAGUAUUCUAAGCUAGACUUGCUACCACGGUUGUAAAUAUAUUUCUGGAGUUUUGUAAAUGGAACUUACUGGAUUUUUUAUCUCCAAUGUAAACAAAAGAUCAUGCAAAAUUAUACCACAAACCAUUCAAAAUGCAUUUCACAAGGAAUAACGCGUAUUAAAAUUGCACAUAGGACCAUUUUUGCAUUUAGUGUAACUGUUUUAUUUUCAUGUUUCGCUCGCUACUCUGGUUUAAAUAAAUUAUUACAAAGCCCAAUCGAAUUGUAAUCAAGACCCAACGUUUCGACACUCCAGUCUAGUGUCUUCAUCAGGCCGGGGUGAUCUAAAGUUGCAAUCGUGGCUUCUUAAAUACCUGCCAAUGAGAUGCAUGUAUUCCUCUGGCAAAUAGGCACCAUCAUCCCUAUUCAAAGCAUGAUUACUCAUAUUUAUAUGCAACGCUUCUAGGCAUAGUCUUUAACCAUAGCGAUUGUUUGUGGUAAUUACUUUAGAGUUUUCCCACGCAAUCUCGUGUUUGGUGUAACAUACAUGUUCUGCUAAAGCUGAUUUUCCCUUGUCUAAAGUUGAAACAGCCUUUUGAUGUUCUUUUAGC